AUGGGCGAUAAACGUAAACUAGUACCACAUUUUAAAGAACAACUAACAGAGAUUGUCAAAGUAUUGUCACAUAAUGAAAGACGUUUACAAAAAACUCGUCGAGAAAAAAUCAAAAAUCUAAAUCAAUUAAAACCAGGUGAUCAUGUUAGUUUUUAUAAAACAGAUUUUUAUUAUGCUCAUCAUGGUAUUGUUAGUGAAGUAUAUACAAAUUCUCUUCGUGUAAUACAUUAUUUUAAUACAUUAGAACAUGCACGUAGUGCAUUAAUGAAAGGUUCAAUAUAUAUAGCUGCUAUAAUUGUAAGUGAUUGGCGAGUUAAUGUAAAAAGUACUACUGAAGAUAUUUAUUUACAUCAUUAUGAUAAUAUUUCAUGUUUUUCUAAUGAAGAAACACUUCAACGAGCUUUUUCACAACUUGGUAAACGUGGUUAUUCAUUAUUAGGAAAUAAUUGUGAACAUUGGGCUAGAUGGUGUCGAACAGGUGAACAUUAUUCAGAACAAGUUGUUAAAUUUCGAAAUUUAGUUAAAAAAAAAUCAGCAUCAUUAUUAAUUGUUGAUCCAACAGCAUUAUUAAUAAAAGAUAUAGCAUUGAUUAGUGUUCGAACAUUUGGACAAUUUUUAAGUGCUGCUGGAUCUGGUGUUAUUCUAACUACUAUGGAAUCUAUUUCAGCAUUUUUCGAUAUACAUCAAAAGAAAAAUGAAAGAAAAAAAGGAACAUUAAGUGAUAUUGCACUUAAAAAAUAUGUUGUUAGACGUGUUACAUCAGCAUCAACGACUAUUGCUGGUGGGACAGCGGGCACAGUCGUUGGAACAAUUUUUAUUCCUGUUCCAAUUUUGGGUGCGACAGUAGGUGGCAUUGUUGGUAGCGUUGGUGGAAAACUUCUUGGUGGUGUAGCUGGUAUUGCAUUAUCAAAAAUUUUAGAAGUUUAUGAAAAAAUUCAAGCAUCAAAAAUUAAAAAAAUGACAACUAUACCACAAUUAAUGGCUAAUAUAUCACCAACAAGUGAAUUGGUGAAUGGUUUAAAGACACUUACAUUCGAACGUGAAGAAGAAGAACGAAUAACAAAAGCUGUUCAAGAAGCAAUUGAUGUAAAACCUUCAUCACAAUCACUUUAUCCAUCAUUAGAUGAAUUUAUAUGUGAUAAUUCAAAUAUCACUGAAGAAAAAUAUCAACAUACAAAAGAAUUAACAAGAGAAUUAUUUUCUGAUGAUAAUUCAGUUGAAUAUUUUAUUUUAACACCAAUACCAGAUCAGAAUGCACCUGAAGAAUUUGCAUCAUCAACAGAUUUACUUGUACUUCGAUGGCCAAUUGAAGCAAUGAAACCGUGGGAAUCGAAUGAAGAAACAGUUUUAGAUAUUGAUGAUUUAAAUAUAAACAAAGAAUGA